GGCGGCGGCGACGGCGGCGGCGGGGCCCCGCCGCCGCUAUGAACGAGGCGGUGGUGCGGAGGACGCAGGAGUCGCUGGGCCAAGUGAUCCGCAAGCCGCCCCUCACGGAGCGGCUCCUGAGCAAGCCGCCCUUCCGCUACCUGCACGACGUGAUCACCGAGGUAAUUAGAGUAACAGGUUUUUUGAAAGGACUUUACACAGAUUUUGAAUUGAAAUCGGAUAAUGUUAAGGAUAAAGAUGCCAAAAUCAGCUUUCUUCAGAAGGCAAUUGAUGCUGUUGUACUGGUAACAGGAGAGCCACUCUCAGUAAAACCAGCACGUGUUGUAGCUGGACAUGAACCUGAAAAAACCAAUGAAUUACUUCAAGCAAUUGGGAAGUGUUGCUUAAAUAAGCUGUCCAGUGAUGAUGCUGUAAAAAGGAUCUUGGCUGGGGAAAGAGUUGAUGCUAAAGGGAAACCUCCCUUGUCGAAAUCUCGAGAUAAAGAAAACAGAGAAUCCAGAGCAGAAGAACAAAAAAGCCAUAAAGAGGGAAAAGGGGACUCUGAAAUUAGAGACAGAAAACCCAAAGAAGAUUUGAAAGAAGAGAUCAAAGAGAGAGAAAAGGAAAGUGAUAAACAUAAGGAUAAUGAAGAUAGGCGCAAAGACCCUGAAAGGCACAACUUUAAGGAAGGAGAAAAACAAGAAAGAGAAAGAAACAAAAGCAGAGGAACCAAAGAAGGAAGAGAAACAGAAAAAAACAAAGGAAAAGGAGACAUAGAACGAGAAAAGGAUCUUGAACAUGAUAAAGGAAGGGAAAGGGAGAAAAAAAAAGAAGGAGGAAAAGAAAAAGAAAGACUGAAAGAACGAGACAGGGAUAAGGCUAGAGAAAGAGACAGAGAAAGAGGAAAAGACCGGGAAAGGGAUAGACGAAGGGACAAAGGAAAAGAUGGGGAACACUCAAGAGAACAUGGAAAGGAUAAAGCAGAGAAAAAGUCCACAGAUUCUGAGGAACCUGUACUUAGAAAAAUGGAGAAGCCGACUAAAGACAACAGGUACCUGCCAGAUAAUCAGAGUGAAAGUCCUACAGGAAUAUCAAGGCAGCCUUCAACCAAAGGAUCAAGGCAGCACACCGAACCUGGAGGAGAAGGAGCAGUGGAAACUGUUAGCUUGGCAGAUAAGAUUUCAGAGGACAAUGCUUCCAAACUGCAAGAGAAAGCCGAACCAGUGCUUGCAGUAAAACAGCAAGAAGGAGAAGCAGAAAAUAUGACUCCUGGAAAACUUGCAGCAUCUGAAAAUGGCAAAGUACCUAACGAUCUUCUACCUCAGGUUAUCCAAAGACGAAUUCCGCGUCCUGGCAGUGCAAGACCAGCACCACCACGAAUAAAACAUCAGGAAAGCACAGAGGCCUUACUUCCAGAAAGGAAUAGUAGCGGUAAAACGGUCUCUAAUUUGAUCACAGACCACCAAAAUUCUGAUGACGAUGAUGACCAGUUUGUGGUGGAGGCAGCACUACUGCUGCCAGAAGUGCCGGAGAUGGAAACGGAGCCAGAAGUCGAGCUGGUUGAGGAUGAAAAGCAUGGUGGACUUGUAAAAAGAAUCUUAGAAACAAAGAAAGAUUAUGAGGCAUCUCAAAAAUCAUCAAAGACUGCAGAGAAGGAGAAGCCUUUUGUGUCAGAAGCAGCUAGGAAGAAAGAGAGAGACUUAGUAGCCAAAGAAAUCGAGAAGUUGCAGGUCUCUAUUCAGACACUGUGCCGGAGUUCCCUUCCACUUGGGAAGAUCAUGGAUUACAUUCAGGAGGACAUGGAUGCCAUGAAGAAUGAAUUGCAAAUGUGGCGGUACGAGAACAGACAGCUUACAGAAGCUCUGCAGAAAGAGCAAAGUAUCACAGACAGUGCUGUAGAGCCCUUAAAAGCUGAACUGGCUGAACUGGAACAGUUGAUUAAAGACCAACAAGACAAGAUCUGUGCUGUAAAAGCUAAUAUUUUAAAGAAUGAAGAAAAAAUUCAGAAGAUGAUUUUUAGCAUAAACCUGUCUUCAAAAAGGUGAAGAAGAGAACAAAAAAGCAUUGAGACUGACUGACAUUCCUAGCAAAUAAAAACAAAAUAGCAGAGAAAAAUUAAGAUAUGCCUUGCUCAAAUAUAAAAUUAUUAAGGACCAGAAGCCUAAACAGUAUAUGAAAUCCCAUUAUUACUUCAUUAUUACUUUCAUCUUUAGAGAUUGAUAUUGCUCAAGAUAAAAUUAUAUUUAUUUGAAUACACAAGUUACAGAGCUAUUAAAGUAAGUUAUUUCUUUAGAUGUGAAAUGUUGUCGCUUACUUAGUAGGACUUUAUGCCCCCUUUUCUUGCCUGGCCUCUUCAGGGCAGUUUCUAACCCAGUCUCUGCAUCCCUCAUACCCAUUGAGGUUGCUUUUGAACAUGCUGUCAAGGAAAAGGAGUUUUAGAUUUUUUUUUUCUCCCUUAAAAACUAUUUCAGAUCCCUACAGGUUAGAAAGUUCCAUAAUCCUGUUCAUUAUUUACAGGUCUUGCAAAGAAGUCUUUAAAAGAAUGUCUGGAGAUCAAGAAGUAAAGCCUUGUGUAGUGGGCAGUUCUUUGCAUCAUUACAAAGAUGAUGUCAUGUUUACAGAGCUAUCAGGAGUCUUACUAGGAACCACUGAAAAUGCAAUAUGACUACGUAAGGGAGCAAAAAUACUUUAUCUGUGCAGGUGUUAAUUCUAUUUUUAUUACAUAUUUUCAUUUGGAAAGGAUUAAUUUAAUUACUUAUUUCCUCUCCAAUGCAUGUUCCUGUAACUUUUUGUAUGUGAAUAAUUUCACUGAUUUUUUUUUAAGAUAACUACUGUUUCCUACUGACCUCUUGAGUGUACUGCAUGUUAAAGUCCAGUCGUACUUACUCCUAUAUCUACGAAGCAUAGUUAGAAUAGACACAACUGUAUGGUUCUGCACUGAGCACAGAAGGCUUUAUUCCCCUGCAAGGCUAUUUUCUGAAGAUUUUUAUAAUGUACAAAUUCAUCUUCUAUUCCCAUGUUGUUUGGAUUGUGUAGGAACUGCUAGUGUCCUCUUUUAUUCCUCCUUUAAUUGAGAAAUCUUUUUUUUCUUUGUGGCAUCUGGUCCUUUUUAAAUACAAUUUUAGUGAGGGUUCUCAAGUAUGACUUAGUAGACAUAACGAGAGAGAUUUGUUUGAAUAAAUCUCACCUUUUUGGUCUUGUCAUCUUGCUGCUUUUGGAGACUUUUAAGGACUUACUAAAAACUUUAGAGUAGUUCAAAACAGUUUUUCAAUUGCCUAAGCCUAAUGAAAACAGCUGCAGUCUAAAUUGUCUAUAAAAACUGUGUGGGUAUGCACUUGUUAGCUUUAAUUUAUUGAUUCACUCUUUUCUGGAUUCAUGUAUUCCUCACUACGAUGAGUUUUGGUGUGAUAUUUUAGCACAAUUGAAUUUUUACGGAAUAUUCAUUUAUCAGUAACUAUUACAAAUACCACUUUGUUUUGCUUUUAGCAUGUAAUAUAAGCAAAAUUAUUCAUUUGGAUGCUUUCCCUGAAAAACAAUGUGAAAACUACCAAGAUCUCUGAUAACUUAAAGCAAAAAUAGGCACACGAAUUUUAGAUAAAGUCUUGAAUUAAUUCUGUAACUAUACCCUGUAUGAUGCUUGGCAGUUGGAUAUCAAAGAUUAACUGCAAUAUGUUUCAUGCCCUGGAUUUCUUCAUAUUUGCUUAGACUUCUUGCUUCUUAUGUAAAUAUGGCUAGGACUGUUUUUAUAGAAAAGUAUAACAAGUAUAUUGUAAUGUGAGUGUAACUGUAC